AUGCCGUUCGUGGACCUGCAGUCACGUCUGGGCGUGAACGUGGACCGAUGGAUGCUGGUGCAAAGCGGGCCGCAGCCCAACCGGCGUCCGGCGCGUUGCCACGCCUUUGAAAAGGAGUGGAUCGAGUGCGCCCAUGGCAUCGGGCAGACCCGUGCUAAUCGCGAGUGCCGUCUGGAGUGGGAGGACUUCCACGAGUGCAUGCACAGGCAGAAGACGCACGAUCGUUUGUACGCCAUUCGCCAGCAGCGUGACAAGCUGAUAAAGGAGGGGAAGUACACGCCGCCCGCCCACCACACAGGCCAAGGCGACCAGUCCAAGCCGUGA